AUGGGUUUCGAGGACAUGCCGACGGAGACGGCGGUAGCUCCCGCCGCCAGGGAUUCCGAUUCAUCCGAUAGCGAAAUGGUAUCGAUUUUGCGAUUACUCAGAAAAGAGAAAGUUGACAAACUAACCAUUGAAAAUCAACAAAUGAAAUCAGAUUUUGAAACUUUGAAUUCUAGGCUGAAUGACCUAGAACAGGCGUCAAGAAUGAACAACCUGGAAAUUCAGGGAGUACAAGAGAGAGAAAAUGAGAAUCUCUUCCAAAUUAUGAAUAAAGUGUGUUCAACCCUUAAUAUACCCGUAGUAGAGGGAGACUUCGAAAGGAUCCAUCGUGUUCGAAGCAACUCGAAAUAUUCCCCUAAGGAUAAACCCAAAAACAUUAUUGUUACUUGUUCUUCUCGCCGAUUGAAAGAUAGCAUACUGCUGGCCAACAAACGACUACGAACUCAAACAAAUUCUAAAAGUUCAGCGUUGUCUGUGGAGGGACUGUCGAAUGACAUAUAUAUAAAUGAACAUCUAACCCUCGCCAAUAAAAUUCUCCAUAAGGAAACUAGAGAAGUCGCUAGAAAGAGGGGCAUCAAAUUUGUAUGGGUGAGGGAUGGUCGAGUUUUUGCUAGGAAAACAGAGGCGUCGCCGAUCUUGCAUAUCAGGGGGACUUGUAUGUUGCAGAAGCUGUAG